AUGGCGGAGAAAACAACAUACAGUACCAGCAGUCACAGCGCAAAAGGCCGCAUGAAGAAGAUUUAUCGGUCAUUAGCAAUCGCCACCUUAAUGGCGCUGUUCGGGUGGUUCACUACGGCUGUUGUUGGAACUCUUGCUCAGAUGCGUCUCUUGGAUAUUUCUGAACUAAAUGGCCAACUUCUCAGCGGGAAUCAUCAAACUAUCUGA